UAUAUCUAUAUAUAAUAUAUAUGUAUAUAUAUAAUAAGACACGUAUGCAUGCAUGCAUGACAAACCCUAGAUGACACGAAAAGUUCUUCUCUCUCAUGACCAAAUUAAUAUAUGACUUAGCAAGAAACCUGGGUUAAUAAUAAUCAUUAUUUAGAGAAAAGAAUCAGAAUAAUAUAUAUCUUAUACAUCAAGAUAUAUAUAUCAUUAUAUAUAUAGAUUGUGAUUCAUUAUAUAUAUCAUCAAAAGUCAAUUACCCUUUUCUUUCUCUUCUCUCAAAAUUCAUAUAUGUUGAUGAUGAUGAUGAGAAUUAGUGGUUAUUGUUUGGUGGUUUUAUUAUUAGGGUUUUCAUCAUUAUUAUUUGAUGUAGAUUGUUUAGGAAUGAAUAAUCAUGAGAUCAAAAUUGAUAAUUUAUGUAAUUUGUAUGAAGGGAAUUGGGUUUUGGAUGAGACUUAUCCUCUUUAUGAUUCAUUGAAAUGUCCAUACAUUUUCAAAAGAUUUCAAUGCCAAAAAAAUGGAAGACCUGAUAAUCAAUAUCUCAAGUACAGAUGGAAGCCUACCCAUUGUGAUUUCCCAAGGGUUAGUGGAUUGGAUUUCUUAGAGUUAUUAAGAGGAAAGAAGAUCUUAUUCAUUGGAGACUCAAUAACUCUCAACCAUUGGGAAUCCUUUAUGUGCUUGCUUCAUGCUCAUGCCCCAAAAUCUACUACAAUAACUCCAAUAAAUAAUGCAACAUUUUCUAAUGGUAUUUUAUUUAAGGAUUAUGAAGUUUCAGUAUUGAGAUUAAAUUCUCAUUACUUAGUAGACAUUGAAGAAGGAAAGAAUGGAAGUGUUUUGAAACUAAAUUCCAUGAAAAUGGGAAAUUUAUGGAAUGAAAUGGAUGUUCUCAUCUUCAACUCUUGGCUUUGGUGGACUAGAAUUGGAACACCUAGUCAACCAUUUGAUCAUAUUGAAGAUGGUAAUCAAACAGUGAAGAGUAUGGAUCAAAUAGAAGCAUAUAGAAAGGCUUUAACAACAUGGGCCAAUUGGGUUGAUACAUCUGUCAACACAACCAAGACUAAAGUCAUAUUUCAAGCAUUGAGUCCAUCUCAUUACAAUGGGAGAGAGUGGAAUAAAAGUGAAGGAACAAAUUGUGAAGGAGAAAAAGAGCCUAUAAUAUUAACAAACAAUGGAACAUUGUACCCUAAAGAUUCUUCACCACCAUCACUUGUGUUGAAAGAAGUUUUGAAUCAAAUGAAGAAGCCAAUUCAUUUACUUGACAUAACAACUUUGUCAAAGCUUAGAAAAGAUGGUCAUCCUAGUAAAUUCAACACUUAUGGACUUGUUGAUUGUAAACAUUGGUGCAUUGCAGGAGUUCAAGACACUUGGAAUCAACUUCUCUAUUAUGCUCUCAAAAAAUUAUUUAUUUGAUUAAUUAAUUAUAAAUUUAUUAUUCUAAACUAUAUGUAUAUGUUCAUCACUAAUUAAUUAUAUCGAUCGAUCAAUAAAUCACUGAAUAAUAAUAUUGAUCGAUCGAUUACUUACUGUCUGGAUGUUUGUUCUUACGGCACAUUUGUAAGAGGCUGCGAUGAUUGAGAUUUUAAAGUAAUUCACGUAAUCGUUGACAUGACGGUGAAAAUAGAUAUUUUAUUUUGUUAAA